GGCGUUCAGCCACUUCGGCGCCGAGAUGGUGAGUUGGCGCACCUGACGGGGGACAGGGCGCGGACAUGAAGGACGAGAGAGACGGGCGCAGAUGGCGGCGCGGCGAGGCAGGUGCUGGACCGCUCCACCAUGAA